AGAAAUUUGUAAAGAAUAACAGAAACCGAGAAGUGGAGAACGAACGUGGAGAGUAGAAGACUCAUCCGUCUUCUCUUUCUCACAUCUAAUGAUCUUUUGGCUCCUUCGACAGAUUCACUAUACGAUCCUUGCUCCUUCUAUCCGAUUAUGAUCUGACUUCUGUAUUGCAACGUGGAGAUCUUCGUUUUCUCUCGAUUGGAUCUGAUUGAUGGACAAUAUUGUGUGUAGAUGAACUGAGAAGUAGCUACAUAUGAUAUAAACUCUGGCAUGCCUUCUGCAUAGUUAUACCAUUACUUUGGAUCAACAACUUCAGUUGCUUAUUGUCUAAAACAAUCAGGUUGAAUCUGAUGGUGAAAACAAAGCAAAGACAGAAUAGUAAUCCUAUUCAUCUUUCUGGCUCUUCAAACUCUGAUAUUGAUUUGGAUUUGCACGGAGAUGAUAGUUGGGUGGUGGUAAAGAAGCAGAAAGUCACAAUCCUAGUGCCUCCCACUUCAAUAGUAACAAGAUCCUCAUCUCCCAAUGCUGGACAAAGUCAGCUGCAGCCAAUUACCCAAAAAGUAUCAAAUUGCCAAGCAGGAACUCUUGAAGAGACAUGUCUAGAAUCACCUGCUGUUGUACUGCCAUCAACUUCUAAAAAUGUUAAGCAAUCUGUUGCUGCUCACUGUAAUUCGACAGUGAAAGAGCCACUGAAGCUAGCUGUCUCCCCAAACCCAGAUGAAGCUUGCAAUUCAAGGCCUUGUAAGGUUUCAGGAUUAUUGAAAAGUGCGAAAUCCAUGAAGCAGCCUACACAUUUACAUUGCCCUGGGGUCUUUCUCACUGGAAGCACAUUGUUAAAUCAGAGACUUAGAGCACUUAAUCUGGAGAGGAAGCUGCAGAAAGCUGGUGGUUUAAGUAGAUGGUUGGAAUCACUAGGACUAAACCAAUUUGUGGGUAUUUUCCAGAGAAAAAGUAUCAGUAAAUUUCACCUGGUAAAUCUAACCAUGAAAAAGCUGAAAGAUAUGGGCGCCAAUGCGGUGGGGCCGCGUAGAAAACUGAUACAUGCAAUUGAGUGUGUCUGUCAACCCUACAGUUCUGAAACUUUUGAGCCAGUGUAUGAGAUUUAAUCAAUGAUAUUAGUCCCGCCCUUCAGCUUCUCCUUGCCAGGGAUUGAUGGCCGAAAGAGUGUGUGGUUGAGGGCCUAUCUCUUGCCCUUGCAUCAGGAUUUCUUCUUCAAUAGGCAGAGAACUCUAUAAAUCUCCAGCUCUUGGAUAGUGAAGAUAGAAAGCACAUGUUUUCUCAAACGUGAUGGGUUUUUAUAGAACAAGAUCACCAUAUAAUCAGCAUGAUAAUGGGGCAGAUUUGGGUUGCAUAUUUAAUCUGUCUAGUAGAAGACUGUUCAUUGGUAGAUACACACAGGUAUGGGGCUAGGAGUUCGAAGGUAAUACCGAGCUAAUAGAGCGAUCACUAGAGAUAGAUGUACUGGUCAGCAGCAUUCCUAUCAUACAGUAAUGAGGUGUUUGUUGAAUGAAAAGAUUUGGCUUCUUGGAGCUAUGUUGAAUUACCCAGUUUUUUUUU